CUCGUCUUUCAAUAUAUAUAAUUUUUGAAUCAUAUAUAUAUGGCUUGUAUUGAUCAAGAUGGGCAGCAAUUUAAGCAUUAUUGCAGGGUUUGUAAGAAAGGGUUUAUGUGCGGGAGAGCUUUGGGAGGGCAUAUGAGAGCGCAUGGGAUCGGAGAUGACAGUGCGACCAUGGAGGAUGAGGAUCAGGCUAGUGAUUGGGAUGAGAAGAUGAAUGAUAAUAAUGGAGGUGAGAGGACGAGCUUUAAGAGGAUGUAUCAAUUGAGAGCGAAUCCGAAUAGAUUGAAGAGUGUUAGGGUUUGUGAGAAUUGCGGGAAGGAGUUUUUUUCCUGGAAAUCGUUUCUGGAGCACGGGAAAUGCAGCUCCGACGACGCCGAGUCGCUGGUUUCCGACGACGGGGAUGAGGAUUUUGGCCGGAAAGGGGCGGGGUGGUCUAAACGGAAAAGGUCUUUCCGGGCGGCUAAAGUUGGGAACUUUGCCUCGAAUUCCAGCGAGGACGAAGACAUUAUUCUCGCGAAAUGCCUGAUUGAUUUGGCCAACGCGCGGGCGGAGCAGGAAGCGGAGUCAAGCGCCGCCGCGGCCGCGGUGUUUCUUGCUCCACUAGCCGCCGCCACCCGGCCGCGCGUGGAUUACAAGGCGAAAGGGACCGCUUCUUCUUCUUCUAAAGGACUGUUUGAAUGUAAGGCAUGCAAGAAAGUUUUCACUUCCCAUCAAGCCUUGGGUGGCCAUAGAGCCAGCCACAAGAAAGUCAAAGGAUGCUACGCCGCCAAACAAGACCAAAUAGAUGACGUCAUAGGCGGCGGCGACGAUGACGUCACAACCCACGACGAUUUCUUCCCGCCUUCCAAAACAUCCUCGUACCUGCACCAAUUCGAACCUUCCAGAAGGAAAUCGAAGGAUCACGAAUGUUCCAUUUGCCACCGAGUUUUCUCCACCGGACAAGCCCUAGGAGGCCACAAAAGAUGCCAUUGGAUCACCUCGGCAGCAAAUUCCAAUUCCAACAAUUCCUAUUCCCCAGAAACCUCCGCCCCUAAAUUCCCCUUUCAUCAUCAAGAACAACCAAAAUCCCUCGACCUCAAUCUCCCCGCCGGCGACGACAUCGCCGCCGCCGGCGGGAUAAUAAGGCGGGACCCACGGAACCCGUUUAGCUUCGAGGUAUCUACGGACAUUCAUCUCCGUCCGUUCGAGGUAUCUCCGAAUAACGACGACAAUAACGACUACUACAACAACGACAACAACAUUAUUAUUGACGAGGAACACCAGAAAAUCGCCGCCGCAAACGUAGAUGAUGUCUACGAGGAUGAUGAAGCGGAUAGUAAUAAUAAAGUGGAAUUAGCGAAGCUCAGUGGGAUGAAAGAGAUGAGUAGCAUUAAUAAGGGCAAUGCUUCGCCAUGGUUGCAGGUUGGGAUUGGAUCAACGGCUGAGGUUAGAGCUGAUUCUUGAGUAACACUGUAUCCGAGGGUGGAAAUCCUGAACUACAUCAAAAAAAAAACAUGCAUGUUUUCCAGACCCAUUUCAAUUGUUUCAUGGGUGUAAAUGAGCUGAUGAGGAGUUUAAUGAGUAUUAUUGUUUAAUUAUUGUUA